AUGUUCACCCUCUCUCUCGUUGCAGCCUCAUUGUUCCUCGGCGCAACAGCCCAGGUGACGCCCUCGAACAUCGUCCCCUCGUCCUCUGGCUCUCUCGCCGCCAUCAAGUACACCAAUGUCGGCGGGUCAGGUACCUACAGCCAGGUCACCGACAUGAUCCCUGGCACUUUCCCGUCUUGCACUAUCAACCCCUCCUGCAUCACGCAGGAAGUCUCCGUUAGCGGCAACCUCGCGCCCUUUGACGAUGAGCUCACCAUGGUGUACCGCGGUCCCGCGAACAUAUACAACAUUGCUGUAUAUCAACCCACCAGCAACAGCUCCAGUUCUACUUGGGCUCAGACAAGUUCUUGGACUGCAGGACAGCCACCCACAAACUUGGUGUUCAUGGCCAACAUGGGCGGUGGAGCCAGUGGGAACUGGUCGAUUUGCGGUGGAUCUAGCCAGGCCUACGCGAAUGGUGCUUGGAACGCCGCCGUCGCGACCCCCAACGAGGAGGUAGCUUCUGGCUACCUUGACGAGACGCACCAGAUCAAUAUCAUGACGGCUACUACCUGCGAGGAGAGCCCUUGCACGGGCUACUCCUGGGGCACUGCCAACCACGGGUGGAAAGGCUCCAAGAUGUUCGUCUUCACGCUCGACAUGCCGGCCUCGGACAACGCGGCGGACGUCCCCGCCGUCUGGGUGCUCAAUGCGCAAGUCGUCCGCGCAGCGCAGUACGGCUGCAAUUGCCGCGGCAUGGGCGGCAAUGGCGGCUGCGGCGAGCUGGACAUCCUCGAGGUGCUCAGCGGCUCCAGCCCCAACCAAGCGAUCUCGGAGCUCUAUUCGUUUAUGGGCGCGACUGGCUCGGGCGGGGAGUCGUUCGCGCGCCCCAGCAGCGCUUCCACUUAUACCGCGAUCUUCGACAUCGACACCGACUCGAUCGCGAUCCAGCAGUUGACUGAAUGGGACUACUCGACCCCGUCCAUCACUCGCAGCCUCAUCGAGGGCUACCUGGCCGCCCCGAAGACGCUCGCCUCAGUUAGCGGCAACUCGCGCCGCUCCGCACGCAACCUCAUGGGCGCUCACCGUCGCCGCCACGAACACUGA